AUGAGGCUUUCCGUAUUACAAGCGGCCAUCGCCUCAGCGUCGGUUCUCUUGUCCGCCCAACCCGUUUCUGCGAAACAACAUGGUCACCGACAUGCGCAUGACGAAUACGCCAAGAGGCAUACACACGGCCACCAGGCUGGAGAAGUCCUCAGCGCACCCAAAGUCGCCAGGAAAGCCACAUGCUCUCUCCCAGACGAUCCCGACUUGGUCCACGUGCCUGGGGCUGAGAACAACGGCUUUGCCAUGAGUCCCGAUGAGCCUUGCGAGGACGGCAAGUGGUGCCCGAUUGCCUGCAAGUCGGGCAAAGUCAUGGCACAAUGGAAGCCAAAUACUGGAUACACCUAUCCUGAGUCGAUGUACGGUGGGCUUUAUUGCAACGGAGGAAAGCUUGAGAAGCCGUUCUCCAAGUCUCCUUAUUGUGUGGACGGCACGGGCACGAUCAAGGCCGUCAACAAGGCUGGCAAGAUCGUGUCAUUCUGCCAAACCGUCCUCCCGGGUAAUGAGGCUAUGAUUAUCCCGACCGAUGUCACAGACACUGCAACGUUGGCCGUCCCCGGGCCCGAUUACUGGGCUGGGACCGCUGCACACUACUACAUUAACGCACCUGGGGUCCCGGCCUCAAAGGGCUGCGUCUGGGGAACGAUCACUGAGCCGAUUGGUAAUUGGAGUCCCUAUGUUGCCGGUGCCAACACCGUAGCCAACGGUCAAACGUAUGUGAAAAUCGCAUGGAACCCGGAAUUCCUCGCUGCCCCGCUUGCGAAAACCCUGCCCAGUUUCGGUCUGAAGAUCGAGUGUCCCGACGGAGGGUGCAACGGGCUGCCGUGCAGCAUCGAUCCGUCCAAGGAUGGCGUCAACGGCCUUAGCAGCUCAGUUGGCACCAAGGGUGUUGGUGACGCCAAUUUCUGCGUUGUCACCGUCCCCAAGGGAAAGACGGCCAACAUUGUCGUUUUCAAUACCGACGGCUCCGAAGGGCCGGCUACAUCAGCCAAACCUUCCUCGCAGCCGCCGCCGACUACCUCGACAGUUGCGAAGCCAACUAGCACCUCGACGACUUCUGUCGCUUUGACAUCGUCUUCGUCCGCUGGCGUCUCGUCCACGACGCCGUUUUCGUCUUCCACCACAUCGGAUGUGUUCGUGGGAGGUCUCUUCCAAGAGGAUGCCGCGGAGGGAGAGACGCGGUAUUAUAACAGCACGGUCAGCAGCACCGCGGCUGCAGUGUCUACCACCGGCAACAAUGCCCCGGCUGCCAUAACGUCCAUCGCUCCCUCGCCCAGCAACAAUGACGCCGCAGCUGACCAAGGUGGCUCGGCUAUCGCUGGUCUUGUUGUCGCUCUGGUUGCUGCUGCCGCUUUGAUUUGA